AUGUCGGACCUAAAUAAUAAUAAUGAAGAUAGAUUUUCAUUUGAAGAAUCACCCAUCAGAAAUUACCCUACUUCUCCAUCACCAAAUCCUACAGAGGAUAUCAACCGAGUAUUGUCGAGCGAAUUCCAAAAGAGGAAUACAUUUACUGCUACUCAAUCUUCUAACUUUGAUUCAGAUCCAGAUUCUCCUCAAGCCAACACUCAUUCAAAUCAUACUUCUCCAAUUUCUCAACAAUUAAUUAACCAUAUUGAUAUGGAUAGAGAAAGUAUAUAUUCUUUUGAUUCAGUAAGCACCAGUGGAAGACUAUUAGAUAGAUUAGGUCUUGAAGAUGACGACGAUGACAAUGAAGAUACUGAACGUUUUGAAAGUGAUAGUGAUACUUACACUUUAACCGAUAAACGAGAAAGUAUGGCAUCUAUUCAGACUACGGGAAGAUUAUUAGAUAGACUAGAAUUAGACCAUCGCCACAAGUCAAUACAACAACCGAAACAAUCAAAUAAGAUUUUACCUAUUCAACCAGUGAACAAUUUAGCUGAUAUACGUGGAUUGAAAAACCAACAAAAUACCCAAAGCAGCAUAUCACGACGAGAUCAAUCACAACCACAACUACGAUCAGUGGUAUCACAAAGACAUCCUCCAGGGAAACAUCAUCUUCAACGAAUAGAUGAAGCACCUAAUCUAAUGCAAUCAGUGCAAAGACCAAUACAAAAAAGUGAAAGUGGUCCUAUUCAAACCCCACAACAAGCACCAGCUCAUUUAAAACAUGUCCCAAUGAAUCUAGUUUUCAGAAAUACUAAUAAUUCAACUGAGACUAUUAAAUCAGACAUGGCAUCAUUAAAGAAAUUGGAUACUCGUAAAUCUGUUGUUCCAGAAAUAAGAUAUCUUGAUUCAAAUGAAGACGUACCACCACCACCCCUCCCUUCAAUAACUCCAACAAGUGCAACAUCGAAAAAUUCUUUUACAGCAUCACCAGCACAUUCCUCUGAAUCACUUGGACGAUCAUCUUUAGAACAAUCACCUACUUUGUCACCCACUAUGCAGCCAUCAUCACUGGGCAAUGGUUUGGAAUCUAAUGGACAUCAUGGGUUUUCCAAUCUAAAUGAUGAUAAUACGGCCAUGAGAUCAAAUUCGAUGAAACCUAUCCAGAAAUCAAACUCGAUGAAACCAAUGAAUAAUAAACCUUCAAUGGUGACAAGAACUCCAUCAGCACCUUCAUUAAGAAACAAUACAGAAACAAAUGAUGUGUUUGAUCAGGCACAAACUGAUUCUCAACUUAGAUCUCGAUCUGAUAGCACCAACAGCAACACCUUGAAUAAUCAUCUGAAUGAUUCGAUUGAUUCCGGAUCAACAAUUUUUAGUGCUCGUAGCGUGAACAGUUUAUCAAAUAAAGAUAAUGGUGGUAGUCCUAAUGCUGAAUCACGUACGAAUUAUGCUAUGGAAUUGAGAGGCUUAGGUAAUCAUCGAGAGGCAUCAUAUCAAUUACAAAUUGCUGCUAAUGAACCAUAUAAUUAUCCACGAGCCAUGUUUUUAUAUGCUAUGGCACUUAAAUUUGGUCAAGGAGUCAAACAAAAUUAUCGUCAUUCAAUAAAAUGGUUAACUAAAUGUAUAUUAUUGAGUUCCCUGCAUAUUAAUCUGACGAAUAUUUCAUUAGUUAUUGAAAAAUUGAAUGCAUUAACGAUAGAAGAUUUAAUUAAAUUAAUUAUGAAAAAUUUGACUAAUACUGUGGAUAAAGAUCCUCAUAAGAAUGGCCAAGAUCCGUUAAUUUUAUACCCUAUUUUCAAAGCUUUAACAAAGAAUCAAAUAGUUAAAGUGAUUAAUAUAUCGAAAAUUAAGGGGGAUGUAGUAGCUGCUAGUUAUCAUGAAUUAGGUAAUUAUUUAAUUAAUGGAUGGGGGGUGGCCCAUAAAGAUGAAACUAAUGGGAUUAAUUGUCUUUCCAAAGCUGGGUCAAUGGGGUAUAUUGAUUCAAUGGUUCAAUUGGGAGAAAUUUGGUGUAAUAAAACGAAAAAUCGGAAAAAAGAUUUAACUAAAGCUGCUGGUUGGUUAAGAUUAAGUGAAAUAUUUGGAGUUAAAUCAAUUGGGAAUAGUUGGAUUUAUAAAGAUAAGUAUAUGAAUUGA